GGGCUGCCCAGCCGGUCUGACCAGCCAGGGAUGCAAACGAGCCGCCAGGGCCCUCCCGGGGCAAGGCCGCCAGGGGGGUGACGGGAAGGGAGGCUGGCCGGGUGCCGGCGAGCCCGGGCUCCGGGCGGGAAGUAGGCGCUGCCCGGCUGCGAAGCGCGCCGCGGCCACCAACCAGGAUGGAAGCGUGGUCCUCAGGCCGCCCGCAGCCUCUGGAGCCCCACUGAGCCGGCCGCGGAGACCCUGCGCGAGAGCCGAGAUGUGUCUGCGCCUUGGAGGGGAAGGAAGGACCAUUGACAAACAGGAUCCAGACAAAGGAAUGGGACGAAUGAGUCUCCUCUCAUUGCUCCUGGGCACAGUGAGGCUCCUCUCGGGCGUCAGACAGACCCGAAGAGUCCCCACUCUCUAGCCAGAAGAACUGGUGGCCUGAGUGUGGGUGACUUCCGGAAGGUGCUGAUGAAGACGGGGCUGGUGCUGGUGGUGCUGGGCCAUGUGAGUUUCAUCGCAGCUGCUCUCCUCCAUGGCACCGUGCUGCGCUACGUAACUGCCCCACACGAUGCUGUGGCUUUGCAGUACUGCGUGGUCAACAUCCUCUCCGUCGCUUCCGCCAUCGUGGUCAUCACCUCGGGCAUUGCAGCCAUCGUGUUGUCACGCUACCUCCCCAGCAUCCCCCUGCGCUGGGCAGUGUUUAGUUCGAGUGUGGCCUGUGCCCUUCUCUCUCUGACCUGUGCUCUCGGCCUCCUGGCCUCAAUCGCCGUGACCUUUGCCACCCAGGGCCGGGCACUGCUGGCCGCCUGCACUUUUGAGAGCCCUGAACUACUGGCGCUGGCGCCCGACUGUCCCUUCGACCCCACACGCAUUUAUAGCUCCAGCCUGUGCCUCUGGGGCAUCUCACUUGUGUUCUGCGUGGCUGAGAGUGUGUUUGCUGUGCGGUGCACCCAACUCGCCCACCAGCUGCUGGAACUGAGGCCCUGGUGGGGCAAAAGCAGCCACCACAUGCUUCUUGUGUCUCCACAGAUGCAGGAGAGCCCAGAGCCCGUGGAGGACCGUGACCUGAUGAGCUGCCCCAGCUCUGGGCCCCUGACUCUCUGACAACUGAUGCCUCACUUGGGCCCCAUGGCCUCUGGGGUCCUGCAACCAAGUCUGCACUGUGACCAGCCAGGAUUCCUGGAGCCAGCCCACGAGGGCUCAAUGGCCACUCGGGGACCUGGAUGGGGCUUUCAAACCCCUCCCCUGGCGACGGAGCCCACUGCACUGAAACAAGACUUUAUUUUGAAGUUAUUAAAAAGAACAGAGAUGCUCCA